CGAUCGUAACAACAGUAUAUUUAUCUGUUCUGUUGCUAUGGUAACUUGUGUGUACAAACGAAAUAAUCAUAAUCAUCAUGACAACGUGCUCGACGCAGAAAAUGUGAUGCAAUGUAUUUUAUAGUGCCAGUUUCGAAUAAUUAUUGAUUUGAUUUGCAGUAUUAAAAUAAAACUUGAUACGGCAUAACGAAGAUAUUUGAUAGUAUGAGAUAUGGAAAAAGAACUUGAUCCAAAUGUUAUAAAAUCAACUCAGUUAUCGUUAGGCAAGUAUGUUAAACGUCCACCGUUGAGUGAAAAGUUACUGAAGAAGCCACCUUUCAGAUUUUUGCACGACAUUAUUACGACGGUUUUAAAGACAACGGGAUUUUUCGAAGAUUUGUUUGAAGAAAAUGAAUUGAAUUCUGAAAAUGUAAAAGAUCGAGAAAGUAAAAUAUCAUUUCUCAGCAAAGUUAUAUUUGUUUUGAGUACGACCACAGGCAAAUCAUUAUCUGCAAAGCCAUCUAAAAUAGUUGCAGGACAAGAGCCAGAAAAAACAAAUGAACUACUCCAGUGUUUGGCUCAAGCUCUGGAUAAGCAAUUAACAUCAGGGGAUGCUGUUAAAAAAUAUAAAGAAAGUACAAAACCUAAUCAAAUAUCAGAACCUAAGAGCAAAGAGUCGAAUAAAUCAACAAAAAAAGCCAUCGAUGCUAGAAAAUUAACGUCACGAAGUACCGAAAAAUUGGGGAGUCAAAAAAAUGAUGUUACACGAUCAACAAACAAGCAAGAUAAAGAAAAAGCUAAUGAUGUUAAAUCGAAAAGAAAAGAAAAUGCAUCUGUUAAAACUGAACCUCAGAUCACCAAAAAACCCCAACAACCAAAAACUAUCAACACAAAGACCGGGAAAGAUAAAGAAAAGAAAGAAUUACCGAAAGAGGAUAACACGAAAUCACAAAAGAAAAUCAUUUCGUCGAAUUCUACUGAAAAAUAUGAGGAGCUUGAUCCAGAACAAAAAUCUCAAGUCCUGGACUCUAAUACAGCUAUAGAAGAAAACCGAGAAGAUAAAAAUAAAGUGGAAAAUGAAAUUGUAUCUCCUAGAAUAGAGCAGAGUGACGAAGGAAAAUUAAAUAGCUCUUACACAAUAGCUGAAAACGAUUUAAAUUCAUCGUCAUCUUCAAAUGAUUUAAAUGAAAUCGAUAAAAAUAAUAAAGAUCAAUUGAACUCGCUUUUAAUAAAUGCUAGCGAUGAAAAAAUAUUGACUGAUAAUAAUGAUGAACAAAAUCAAACUAACCAGUCUAACGAAAAUAUUAAAACAUUUGAUUCCGUUGCAAAUAAUCAAGACAACUUACAAAUGCACACCCAAGUUUUUCGUAAUGAUUCCGCAAACGAAAAAACAGAUAUCGAAAAAGAUAUUGUGAAAGUUCCGAUUACCACUACCAGUAAUUCUAAUAGUCUCCGACCUCCAAGUGUCAGACCAUCAUCUUCAAGACCCGGAGCUCCGCGGAUGAGGGAAAAGCUGGACAACGUCAUAAAAGAUUCAGAUAAUUUACUUUUGGGGAAAGUUAACAUCAUUAUAGAAAAUACCCAGAAUGAAGAGGAGGAGGAAACGAGUCUAUUAAUAUUAGACCAACAAGAGUCUUUCUCAGCUCCACAAGAUCAGCAAGAUUUGCACCUAUCAUCAAACGAACAUGGGCAUUUAGUUCAACAAAUUUUAGAUUCUCAGAAGGAACUGUCACAAAUGACCGGAAAAACAGAAAUCGAGUGGCAGUUCGGGGCUCAAAAAGCUAGAGAAGCAGUAAAUCAAGAAAUCGAGCAACUUCGGUUUAAUAUUCAAGCUCUGUCCCGUGUUGCUAAUCCUUUGGGGAAGCUGCUGGACCAUGUCCAAGAAGAUGUGGAAGUCAUGCGUCAAGAACUUCAUCAAUGGUCCAAAAUUUAUGAAGAUGUCACCAAAGAAAUGCUAAAACAAAAGACCCUCAAUGAAGAUUCGCUGACACCUUUUCAUACUAAAUUAAAACAAAUAGACAGGGAUAUAGAAGAAAAGCAUGAUAAAAUAAAUGAUCUCAAGAUAUUGAUACAUAAAAAUACUUUUCGAAUUGAAAAGUUAUUGAUGAGUGGGUCUGUGCAAUAAAAUUAUGUUUGUAGAUUAAAAUUUUAAAAUAAACUUAAUCCAGUUCUUA